AUCAAAUUUAAAUACAGCUUUUAUGUAGUAAUUAGUAGGUACUAUCUAUCCACUGCAUUCACUGACAUUAAAGUGCAAUCUCUGGUAAUGUACACUGUAUAAAAGGUUGCACUAUUAAAAAUGAAUGAAUAAAAUUGAAGAAACCCCAAAUUAUACAGUAACGUAGCGGAUAUAGAGGUAAUGAAGUUUUAAUGAGAUUAAUUGAUAUUUGUUUAAGAUUGAAAAUAACAAUCUUUAGGUGUAUUAUUAUACGUUCGUUGGCCAUCUUAUAAUCUUCGGACUUUGAUGAAUGACGGUUUUGCGUCACUGCUUCUUAGUGAGUGUAACAAUAUAUAAACGUUGCGAAUAAAAUAGUUCUAACUAAUAUCUUUAUAAUCAAAAACUGCGAGAAAAAUAAUCUUUUUUGUGAUUAAUAGUUACAUGAUGGUGAAGAUUUUGAACUUGGUACCUAUUUUGUGUUGCAUAUAUUUGGUGUAUCAUGUGAACGGUGAUGAACCUCUUGUUAAGACACCACAAGGCACUGUACGAGGAUAUCAUAAAAAAUCGUUUGGAGGAAGACAGUUCUUAGCUUUUGAAGGAAUUCCAUAUGCAAAACCACCUGUCGGUAAUUUAAGAUUUGCUGAACCUGAGCCUGCUAAUAAAUGGACGGGACAAUUAAUUGGAAACAAGACAUAUAUGUGUUUAGGAUAUAUUCCUAUACCAGGGAUGAAGGGAUUUCUAGGUUCUGAAGAUUGUUUAUACUUAUACGUUUAUGUCCCACUUACAAAUAUUAAAGGGGAUGAAAAUUUAGACGUCGUUGUUCACAUACAUGGUGGUGCCUAUCAAUUUGGUUCUCCUUCGUAUAUGGCUAAACCAGAUUUUUUAAUGGACCAGGAUAUAGUCUAUGUCACAAUGAAUUACCGUUUGGCAAUUCUAGGAUUUCUUAGUACUGAAGAUAACGUAGUAUCUGGUAACAAUGGCUUAAAAGAUCAGGCUUUAGCGCUAAAAUGGAUAAAGGAUAAUAUCAAAUAUUUUGGAGGAAAUCCAAAUUCUGUUACACUUACCGGACUAUCUGCAGGAGGAUCUAGCGUUCACCAUCACUAUUUUUCUCCGUUAUCGAAAGGUUUAUUUCAUCGAGGACUUUCUCAAAGUGGUACUGCUUUCUCUCCUUGGUCUAUCGUAGAAUAUCCAUUAAAAAAAGCAAAUGAAGUUGCCGGACAUCUUAAUUGCAGUAGUGAUUCUACCAAGGUUAUGGUAGAUUGUCUAAGAAAAGUUGGUGCGGUAGAUCUGAUGAAAGCCAUGACAAAACUAUUUAUUUAUUUAGACGGUAUUCCACUAAUACUCUUUGGACCUGUAGUAGAAAAAGGAGAAAACCCAUUUUUACCUGAUCAUCCUUAUAAGUUAAUUAAAGAAGGUAGAAUUAAUGAUGUACCGUGGAUUACUUCAAAUGUAAAAGACGAAGGAAUUUUUCCUACAGCCUUUUUUGUAAUGAAUCAUAUAAUGUCCCUCUUUGAAGAAAAAUGGAAUGAUAUAAUAAUUUAUUUAUGCGAUUUAUAUGACACAGUCGAUGAAUCUGAUAAGGUUACAGUAGCGAAAGCACUGAGGAAGUACUAUUACGGAAACAAAGCAGUCACAGAAAAGAAUGCAUAUUCUAUGGUUCGGUUACUUAGUGACAGAAUGUUCUUCAAUGGUGCUGAAACAUCGGUUAGACUACAAUCAAAAGCUUCGAAAAGUCCUGUCUAUUAUUACAUUGACACCUACAUUCCGGCAGAUCCGAUUCUACCUAUCUUUGGAAUGAAACGUGGCGUUGCCCAUGGUGACGAUGGAGGUUUAAUAUUUAAAAUUAUAACCGUCGGAGCAGUUUUAGACCCACAAGAUGAAAAACUCAUGAAGCAUUUAACAAAAUUUGUAGCGGAUUAUGCUAAAACUGGCAAACCUUCUAUAAAUAACGUUGAAUGGUUGCCGGUGGAUCCCGAUAGUAAAGAAAUAAAUGCUUUGGAAAUUGAAUCUCCAGAUAAAGUAUUCAUGACAAAAGUGGAGCAUAUUGGAUCUAUGGAAUUUUGGGAUAGCUUACCUAUAAAAGAAAAUGAGAAAUUAUAUCCUGAACUGCGUUAAAUGUGAAUAUUCUUUCUAUUAAAUUAUCAAUGC